UCGAGUCUGUGUAUUCGUGCGCGAGAAAAGAGGAGCAGGCGUUGAAAUGGCGAAUUUAGGUAUAGAAUUUGGAUAGCUGAAAUUACUUGAUUUUGUAUAAAACACUUAAAUGAUUGUGCAAAGGAUGGCUAGGGAUGAUAUAUUAAAUGCUGAUGGGCAACUUCAGCUUAUGCAGGGCUCAGAAGAAGAUCGAAAUUGUAAGGAAAAAGAGCGUAUGAAAUUGCGAGCAAGAAGCAGUUCAGGGUCGAAACCAGGCUCCGACGAACAGAUCCAUUCUGGGCAUUUUAUGGUCAGCGACCCUCAUCGAGGGAAGAAGAAAGACAGAGUUGGAUUUGAUUUUGUAUCAGCGAAUAAAGAACCAUCAACUAGUUAUUCGUUUGGGGGAAAUAAAGAAUGUCCUACCAAAGAGAUAGAUUCCUCAUUCACCAAGUUGUUUGAAUGUAUGAGUCUUGCAUACAACGGUGGUAGGAUUGUGUCUCCCAAAUGGAAGUGGUUUAGAGGCUUGAAGCUGUCUACCAGAGACAAGAUUCGCUUGAACAAUGCUAUAUGGCGGGAAUGGCAUAUGCAGUUCCGUAUUGGCUUGCCUCCAGUCAUCUGCCAGUUUGGUUCGCCCCUAGCAGAAACCAAUCACAAUGUACCGGAGGCUGUCAUUUUGGAAGGGAAAUACUGGAAGCGCACACCAAACACAGUUGUCCAUGAGUACAACAAGUGGCGGAUAUUCAUGAUGCAACAAAAGAAGCUUGCCUCAAGUGGAAAGACUCGUACAGAAUUAACACAUACUGACUUAAUGAAGCAGAUGCAUCGUGAUGUAAUUAGUGAAGAACCAAUGGUCUUUGAGGAUUCCUUCUUUGCGGAUUUUCAUGACACCCUGUUCUCAAGUCUCAACCCUCCAUUUGCUUUUCCAAACCCCAAAGAAAUUGCUCACAUGAAUAAUUCUGAUAUGAUCCAGCCCGGAUUAGUUCAGCUGCAACCGACGCUUGAAUCAUCAUUGGACGAUUUUAUGGACACGUUGGAACCAUUUCAAGUUGAUCUCACUCGGUCAAUUUCUCAGAGUAGUACUACCAGUCCCAGUCCAUUUGUCUUUACAGGAUGUGGAACUAGUCAUCAGCAAACACAUGGUACCUUGAUCCAACCACCACGACUUGAGACCCAGUUGUUACAAGUCCCUAUGAGCAGUCUUGAGACACACCAAUCACCUAUGCAAUCACUUCAAACCAAUCAGGAUUUGAAUACAGCCACAGACUUUAUGAACUCACAGAACUUAAGUAACAGCUCAUUAGACCAGUCGAGCAAUACCUCAUUAUUUGAUAAUGUACAGCUGAAAGUAAGCCCAGUGUCAGUUUCAACGACGAGUCCAUUAGCAAUGAUUGCAGACAGCUCUGAGGCCUAUAACAGAGAUGAUGACGAAAAGGAUUUUAAGAAAAUAUCAACACACAUCUCGGCAGAACAAAAGAGACGUUUCAAUAUCAAGUCUGGUUUUGAUAUGUUGCAUUCUUUAAUACCAUCAAUCAAUCAGAACCCCAGCUCCAAAAUCAGUAAAGCUUCCUUGCUGCAGAAAGGUGUAGAUUACACUAAGAAGCUUCAACAUGAGCGUACUCAGUAUGAAAAGGAAAUAGCUUUACUUAGGCAGGAGGUGGCCGUCCUCAAUGUCUCUAUCAAUGAAACUCAAGCACAACUCCCUGCCAGCGGUGUACCAGUAACUAGACAGAGGUUUGAUCAGAUGCAGAGUAUGUUUGAUGACUACGUGAGGGAACGGACCAAACAUAACUGGAAGUUUUGGAUUUUCAGCAUCAUCAUCAGGCCGUUGUUUGAGUCUUUCAAUACAGUGGUGUCAACAUCCAACACAGACGAACUCUUCAGAACUGUACUAAGCUGGCUCGAUCAGCACUGCUCUCUGCUGGCACUCAGGCCUACUGUAUUAUCAUCACUCACCUUACUCAGUCGGACAACAUCCAUUUUAUCAAACCCAGAGCAAAUGCCGCAGCAGGCAGCGAGGGCCGUCAACAACGAAUAGCCUACUAACGUUUAGUCAUUAUGAGAAAUAUCAAAACAAGCGUCGCUACUUCUGUUUACAUUUGAUACUGGUAUUAACAAAAAAUGUAAAUUUUGUUGAUUCAUAGAAUAUUUUGUUAUAUCAAAUGUAUCCAAACAAAACAGUGUGUGCUGUAUAAUAUCGUGAAAUACUUGCCAUUGACAAUGAUGUCCUCAACAGAUGGCUAGGUGAUGCCUGAAGUCUGGUUCCCAUAAAAUUGCCAACGAUUGCCAACAGUCUGGUCAACAUUUAUCGAUCGAUCAAAUCAGUAAGCCUCUCUGAUCUUGUCAUGGCCAGCUACGCAGUGUAACAAUUGCAGUGAAAACACUACAGAGAUUGGUCUAGCGAUUUUAUGGAAUUGGGCUUUAGCUGCUAUGCAUGAACCGAGAUAUAAAUAUGCUGGCCAGUAUUUAAUAAUGGUUGAUAGUCAGUCAGUGUCUAAUUACAGUUGAUCAGUCCGGUAUAGAGUGUACAGUGUUACGUCACGAUACCAUGCGAUACUACUCUGUUGCUAUCGUUGCAAAAAGCGUUCAACCGGACGCCAUUUUCUUCACUGACACACCAUUGAUCCCACACCAUUGAUCCCAAUUUCU